UGGAGGACCGCGUGGAUUUGUGAAAAGAUCUUUCUAGUCUGGAUUAUUUUUUUCCACUGUCGUGAUUUGGAAUUUGAGGAUCGACUUGGUAUCGGUGAUGGGGGAAUUCUAUUAGGAUCAGUGAAGACAUUGUACUACAGAAGGUGUGAUGAAGGAUGUUGGACUAUUUCGCUUUAUAAUGCAUUAGGGACGGAAGAGUAAACGGUAUCCUUAAUAAUGGAGAAUAGAAUGCCUGCAAUAUUAAACAAUCAAGAUAAAUCUGCUUUGGAAAAAUCCAGCAGUCCGUCAAAUGGAAACAGAGAGCUAUUUGGAUCUGACGACGGAUCCAGUAUUGAAGAUGCAGAUUUUAACUGGGAUGAAUAUCUAGAGGAAACAUCUUCAAGUGCGGCUCCGCAUACAUCUUUUAAACAUGUGGAAGUCAGUCUUCAGAGUAGUUUCCAGCCUGGGAUGAAACUGGAAGUGGCAAAUAAGAAUAAUCCUGAUACAUACUGGGUAGCUACUAUCAUUACCACAUGUGGACAGUUACUUCUACUGCGCUACUGUGGCUAUGGAGAGGACCGUAAAGCAGAUUUCUGGUGCGAUGUCAUGACAGCUGACCUGCAUCCGGUGGGCUGGUGUACACAGAACAAUAAAGUCCUCAGGCCUCCUGAUGCAACAGUAGGUGCCAUUGUGUUCCAGAGGCAACAGCACUUCCAUGUUUCAAAUGCAGCAGACAAAGAAAUAAAGGAACAGCAGACAGACUGGGCAGAGUUCCUUAUCCACGACUUAACUGGCUCCAGAACGGCACCUGCUAAACUUCUUGAAGGACCUCUCCGAGGGAAAACUCCAGUCGAUCUUAUUACGGUAGAUUCUUUAAUGGAGCUACAGGAUGCGCAGAAUCCUUUUCAGUACUGGAUAGUCCAAGUAAUAGAGAACGUCGGGGGGAGAUUGCAUUUGCGUUAUGUUGGACUGGAGGAAGCAGAUUUGUGUGACCAGUGGCUGUUCUACUUAGACUGUCGACUCAGGCCAGUUGGCUGGUGUCAAGAGAAUCAAUGCAGAAUGGAUCCUCCUUUAGACAUUUGUCCGCUCAAGAGCAAGUCUGAAUGGAAAUGUGCUCUGGAAAAUGCUCUGACAGCUGCAGCACGGAGUCCCCUUCCUGUAGAGGUUUUUAAGGAUCAUGCUGAUUUACGGAGCCAUUCUUUUACUGUUGGUUUGAAGAUGGAAGCAGUGGACCCAAAUGAACCUUUACAUAUCCGUCCUGCAACAGUGACCAAGGUUUUUAGUAAUCUAUAUUUCCAAGUGACUAUUGAUGACUUGAGACCAGAGGCCAGAGAAGUGUCCAUGAUGUGCCAUGCAGAUUCUUUGGGCCUCCUGCCUGUGCAAUGGUGCCUUAUCAAUGGGGUCAAUCUCACACCUCCCAAAGGUUACCCAGGGCAGGACUUUGAUUGGGCUGAUUACCAAAAACAGUGUGGAGCGGACGCUGCACCACAUACUGCCUUUAGAAAUAUAGCCAACUCUCGUGGCUUUACGAAAAACAUGAAACUUGAGGCAGUCAACCCCAAUAACCCAUCAGAUAUCUGUGUUGCAUCUGUGACCAAAGUGAAGGGGAGAUUACUAUGGCUUCACCUUGAAGGCUUACAGAAGCCAGUUCCAGAAUACAUUGUUGACGUUGAGUCUAUGGAUAUUUUCCCUGUCGGCUGGUGUGAAGCAAAUUCCUAUCCACUUCAUACCCCGCAAAAAGCAGUCGUGAAAAAGAAAAAAAUAAUUGCUGUGGUUCAGCCAGAGAAACAGUUACCAUCUUCAGUGCCUGUAGAGAAAAUCCCUCAAGACCCUUCUCCUUUUCCUCAGUCAGAUAAUUACUCAACAACAGGAACCACCAAUGGCAAAUAUUGUUGCCCUCAGCUGUUCAUCAAUCACCGCUGCUUUUCAGGACCGUAUUUAAAUAAAGGACGGAUUGCAGAACUUCCUCAGUCAGUUGGCCCUGGCAAAUGUGUGCUAGUACUUAAAGAGGUCCUCAGUAUGGUAAUUAAUGCUGCCUACAAACCAGGAAGGGUCUUACGAGAGCUCCAGUUAGUGGAAGACACAUCAUGGAAUUUCCAGGAGGAAACACUGAAAGCCAAAUACAAAGGGAAAACUUACAGGGCAACAGUGAAGAUUGUCCGAACGUCAGAUCAAGUUGCUGAUUUUUGCCGGAGAGUCUGUGCAAAACUGGAAUGCUGCCCUAAUUUGUUUAGUUCAAUGCAGGUCACAGAAAUAUGUCCAGAGAACUGCUCCAUUCACACAAAGACCAAAUAUACUUACUACUAUGGAAAGAGGAAAAAAAUAUCAAAGCCCACAGUUGGAGAACAGAAUAUGGAAAGUACUCAAGCUAAACCAACAAGACGCAGAAAAAGGAGGAAAUCCAUCUUUGUGCAGAAGAAGAGGCGGACUUCUACAGUAGAUGUCACUCCAGUGGGCUCAGCAGAGGAAAGUGGUGAAGAAGAUGGAAUGGAGGAAGAAACAGGAAGUGAAGAAACAAGUUCCGAGCUACGCGAUGACCACACUGACACAUCCUCCACUGAGGUGCAGUCUGUUCGGCCACGCAGAGCAGUGACACUGAGAAGUAGUGUAGAGUCUGACAGGCCUCCUUUAGCAGACAGAACAAGGAGAGACAGGAAAACACGUUCCCUCUCUAGCCGUGAGGAAGACAAAACCAAAAGUGGAAUAAAUGACAAACAGGUGGAAGAAGAAGAGCACCUCGUCCUGGAGAGUAACCCUCUGGAAUGGACAGUAACUGAUGUUGUUCGGUUUAUAAAAUCCACAGAUUGUGCUCCUUUGUCAAAAAUCUUUCAAGAACAAGAUAUUGAUGGACAAGCACUUCUGCUUUUGACUCUACCCACAGUUCAGGAAUGUAUGGAACUGAAACUAGGUCCAGCCAUCAAAUUGUGCCAUCAGAUAGAAAGAGUUAAGGGGGCAUUUUAUGCACAAUAUGCCAACUGAAAUUCUUUUUGCUUGUUUCGGUGUGUCUAAGGUUGCAAAAAUAA